UGCGCCCGUGGUUGAGCAUGGGCUGGCGGCGGGUCCGGGUCUGUAGGGUGGCUCUGCAGGCAGCGGGGCAUGGUUGGUUGGGUUGAGCCGCGUGGGCCUGGGGCGCGGAGCUGGAAGGGGUGGCCGUGAGCGGAGGCUGCGGGCUCCAUUUGGUUGACUGGAGAGUCGGCAGGAGGCAGUCCGGAAGGGAAGUCUGAACGUGAAUAAAAUGCUGCUGGUAGUGAUGAUUGACACCUGCUGCUGGAAAUUGCAGACAUCCUGAGAGCAACAUCUUUGUCGGGAUGAGGAGCCAUGCAGGGCCAGCGGAGCCUGCUGCUGGGCCCUGCCCGCCUCUGUCUGCGCCUGCUUCUGCUCCUGGGCUCCAGGCGCCGCUGCCCCCCUCUGCUCCGGGGCCUGGUACAGCGCUGGCGCUAUGGCAAGGUCUGCCUGCGCUCUCUGCUCUACAACUCCUUCGGGGGCAGUGACACCGCUGUCGAUGCUGCCUUUGAGCCCAUCUACUGGCUGGUGGACAACGUGAUCCGCUGGUGUGGGGUGGUGUUCGUGGUGCUGGUAAUUGUGCUGACCAGCUCCAUUGUGGCCAUCGCCUACCUGUGUGUCCUACCCCUCAUCCUCCGAACCUACUCAGUGCCACGACUCUGCUGGCAUUUCUUCUAUAGUCACUGGAAUCUGAUCCUCAUCGUCUUCCAUUACUACCAGGCCAUCACCACUCCACCUGGAUAUCCACCCCAGGGCAGGAAUGAUAUCGCAACAGUCUCCAUCUGUAAGAAGUGCAUCUACCCCAAGCCAGCCCGAACACACCACUGCAGCGUCUGCAAUAGGUGUGUGCUGAAGAUGGAUCACCACUGUCGUAUCCUUUUAUUAUCUCUUCCGCCUGAGGCCGCCUCUUUAGCUUCAGAGCACUGCACAGGGCUAAGGGCCACAGACUUGAGGCUUCUAGCAUCACCCUGCGGAGAACAUUGGGCUCAUGAGAAGUUAGUGGAAGAGGAGUUGUGGCAGCUGACCAUCUCUUGGGGGAAGCAGGAAGCUUACAGUUAUGGAAGUUGGGACCUUUUCCGGGAGGCUUAUGCUGCCAUUGAGAAAAUGAAACAGCUCGACAAGAACAAACUACAGGCGGUUGCCAACCAGACUUAUCACCAGACCCCACCACCCACCUUCUCCUUCCGAGAAAGAAUGACUCACAAGAGUCUUGUCUACCUCUGGUUCCUGUGCAGUUCUGUGGCACUUGCCCUGGGUGCCCUAACUGUAUGGCAUGCUGUUCUCAUCAGUCGAGGUGAGACUAGUAUUGAAAGGCACAUCAACAAGAAGGAGAAACGUCGGCUGCAGGCAAAGGGCAGAAUUUUUAGGAAUCAUUAUAACUACGGCUGCUUGAACAACUGGAAGUUAUUCCUGGGUGUGGACACAGGAAGGCACUGGCUUACUCGGGUGCUGUUACCUUCCAGUCACCUGCCCCACGGGAAUGGAAUAAUCUGGGAUCCCCCUCCUUGGGUGACUGCUCAGUCAGCCUCUGUGAUGGCAGUGUGAGCUGGAUUCUGUCAGCCACAAUUUGAACAUCACCCUGCUUCCUGCACUGUCUUGAGGGCCUCCAAGGGUAGCUUUUUGGAACUCUUGAGCAACAAGAGCCAGUGGACCUGCCUUAGGGUACCAUGCACAGACAACCCAAGGACCUGACUCCUGGCCACUGCAGAAGCACGGCACGAUGUGGACAAGUCCUAGGACUGAUGUUCCUUUCCUCAGGCAAACAGAAGUUCCAGCUGUGGACUGGAGAUUAGGCAGCUAGCAACCUUGCCGGGUGCUGACCCCAACCUCCAGGUUAUAGCACUGGAGUUGGCCACCACCACUUCCACUUGCUGUCUGAGAAAAUGCCUGAAUGGUCAUGCUGAGAUCCUGGCUUCUCAACAGGGCAAAGAUACCAGGCCUACUGCUGAGGUCACUGCCACUUCUCACAUGCUAAAGGGAGCAAAAAUAAAGGAACUCACCAUUCUCCCCUGGCUGACACUGCUUCCUUGCGCACCAGUCUCUUCUUGUCAUCCAGAGGUUUGGCUAAGGCCCGGAUCACCUGUGGUUUGUAUGGCAGCAGCUGCGGAAUAAGAGUUAAUCUCAGCCUGUUUAGCCAAGGCAACCGAAAGAGCUGCUUCUCUGACCCUACAACUACUCUUGAGUCUUAUUCUUUUUUUUUCUUUAGAACUAUGUUGUUUAUUAAUAGUCACUACGUAAAAGCAUAAAAGCAUCAUCAGAAUAUCAUGGGAA